UAGGGCUUAAUGAAAGGCCUCUCCUCCUCCUUUGUUUUGCCCUCAUUUCUUUGUUAUUUCUUCUCUCUCUCUCCCUCUCUCUCUUAAUUGCCUUUGAGGAGGCUGUGCAUGGGGAGCUCCGUUUCAGUUAGAUCGCCGAUUAGGAUUUACGUGGGAUCGACGACGAAGCCGUGAAAUGGCAAACGCCGUCGAGGCAGGGGGGUCCAACGGCCACUACGGCGGCGGCGGCGGCGGCCCGGGAGUGGGGCGGCUACCGCGGUUGCCUCGGUGGACGAGGCAGGAGAUACUGGUGUUGAUACAGGGGAAGCGGGUGGUGGAGAGCCGCGGGAGAGUGCGCGGGAGGGGCGGCGGCGGGGUGGGGCGAAGCGGGGAGGAGGGAGCGGCGGCGGCAGUGGUCGCGGCGGGUCCGGUGGAACCCAAGUGGGUGUCGGUGUCGUCUUACUGCGGCCGGCGCGGAGUGAAUCGGGGCCCGGUGCAGUGCCGGAAGAGGUGGAGCAACCUCGCCGGCGACUUCAAGAAGAUCAAGGAGUGGGAGGGGAAGGGGAAGGAGUCGUUCUGGACGAUGAGGAACGAUGUCAGGAGGGAGCGGAGGCUGCCGGGGUUCUUUGACCGGGAAGUAUAUGACAUCCUCGACGGGGCGGCCUUGCCGGAACCGGAAGCAGAGACAGCAGAAGAGGACGAGGGGAAGAAAAAGGGCGACCGUCGGACGCCGUCGUCGGCCGCGGAUGAGGAAGAGGCCGUAUUUGACAGCGGGCGGACCGCAGCGGGCGACGGACUGUUCUCGGACUUGGAGGAAGACAAAGAGGCGGAGGAAGAGGAAGAGGAGGAUCCGGCGCCUCCACCGCAACCAGUGGCGGCCGUGCCAAUCUCAGAAAAGGAGUGGGAAUCAACUGAGCAAGGGAGGUCAGAUUCUGGUCAAGCAACGCCUAAAAACAACCAAGAAGAAGAAGAAGAAGAAGAUGAGGAUGAUAAUGAUGGUGAUGACGAUGACAUCCCUGAGAAGGGCUCCCCUUCGCACUCGCACCAGGGACAGAAGCGGAGACGGACAUCGCCAGAAGCAGCAGCAGAAGACAGCGACCUGCAGCUGCAGGGCAGACUGAUUGAGGUCCUAGAAAGGAACAGCAGAAUGCUGACAGCGCAAUUAGAAGCACAAAACCUCAACUGCCAAUUGGACAGAGAUCUAAGGAAGGACCAAGCUAAGAGCUUGCUUGAUGUUCUAGGCAAACUCGCAGACGCUCUAGGCAAAAUAGCUGACAAGUUAUAGCAAAGCUCGAGCACUUUGAGACAUUCAAGGUGGAUUUACUGGUGUUUUUUACGGAGAAGCAUGUGAAUUGGCUAUUAAAAUCACUAGUUCAUUUCUGUUUU